CAGCCCAUUUUUUUAGGCCCUGCAGAAACCUAAUAAAGCACGAGAGAAAGAAGAGACUUAAACAACGCUGCAUCUAGAAGAGAGGAGUGAAUCUGGCAUGCCUGAUACGCCUGCCUUUUUACCUCAGAGUCAAGCAGCGGUACCAGAGUGAGUGGAACAAGGUCUUCUACGACUGUUUCUGCCACCCUGCCAGAAGAUGGCUCUCGACUCAAAGCUGAAAGAUUUGGAAUCCAUGACUAUCAAGCGCUCAGAGAUUGGACUCGUUCAGGGAGUCCCUUUGGUCAAAGAUAUGGCAGACAACUGGAAUGUCAUAUGGAACUUCCAAGCCCGGCCAGAUGACCUUGUCAUCUGCACUUACCCCAAAGCAGGGACCACAUGGAUCCAGGAAAUUGUGAACCUGAUCCAGCAUGGAGGUGAUCCAGAGAAAAGCGAUCAGGUUCCCAUCACCACACGGAUGCCUUUCAUAGAGUUAAUUCUUCCAAAGCCUUUCCCCUCAGACUUAAAAAAGGCAGAAGCAAUGCCUUCUCCACGCACGCUCAAAUUUCAUCUACCAGUUCAGCUUAUGCCUCCUUCGUUCUGGGAAAAGAACUGUAAGAUCAUAUAUGUGGCCAGGAAUGCCAAGGACAAUGCGGUCUCCUAUUUCCACUUCCACCGCAUGAACCAGGGGAUGCCAGAGCCGGGAAACUGGGACCAGUUUUUGGAGGAUUUCCUUGAUUCCAAAGUUGCUUGGGGCUCUUGGUUUGACCAUGUUCGAGGCUGGUGGGAGGCCAAGGACCGACACCCAAUUCUGUAUCUCUUCUACGAAGACAUGAAAGAGGAUCCAGCCCGGGAAAUCCAGAAAGUAGCCCAUUUUCUGGGCACGGAGCUUUCAGAAGCAGUUCUCACCCGGAUUGUACAACACACAAUGUUUGAGAACAUGAAAGGAAACCCAAUGGUGAAUUAUUCCACUAUUCCUUCUUUUGUCAUGGACCAUACCAUAUCGCCUUUCAUGAGAAAAGGCACCGUAGGAGACUGGAAGAACCACUUCACGGUCGCUCAGAGUGAACAGCUAGAUGAAGUGUAUGCCCGGGAACUGGAGGGCAGCGGCCUGACCUUCCGCACAAACCUAUAAGCCUCCCUCGGGUCUCUUCAGCUAUUCACCAAAUGUGCCUGGAUGGAUGAUUUUUUCAGUGCUAACAAGUCAAGCGGAAGCUUUUAAAAAUGUUCAGAUAUUUUGUAAAUGAAUAUUAAUGAAGUGAAAUAAAAACUUGGCAUAUGCAUA